AUUAACCCUCGGGUCACUGAGGGCGAACUAUUCCAAAACCUACGAAAUAUCUGCGGACUGCGAAGCCAACAUGACCAGUGGGUGCUGUGUACUUGUCCUAUUUUCCCUCCUCCAUGUCUCCCUGAGUGUGGAAAUGACAGGGUUAUAUGGCAGCUUCACCUCCCCCAACUUCCCCCAGCCAUACCCUGACAACCAGCUCAAAGUGUGGAACAUCACCAUCCCAGAUGGCCACAGGGUCAAACUCUACUUCAGCCACUUCAGCUUAGAGCCCUCUGACCAGUGUGAAUACGACUACAUCCAGGUUUUGGCAGAGGGGAAUGAAACCUUGCGGUUCUGUGGUGAGGAAGAGAAGAACUACGAAAGCACCCCGAGGAACACCAUCAUCCUGUCAGCCGGGAACCUCAUGUCAGUGGUCUUUAGGAGUGACUACUCUAACGAGGGACGAUUCACAGGCUUUCAAGCAUUUUACACCUCAGAAGACAUCAACGAGUGUCUAUCCAAGAUAGAUGGGGAACAAGUCUGUGAUCAUUUUUGCCACAAUUACAUCGGUGGAUAUUACUGCACGUGCAGACAAGGAUACCUUCUCCAUGGCAACAAAAGAUCCUGCACAGUGCCGUGCCACACCCAGGUGUUGACCUCGCCGUCGGGGGUUCUGACCAGUCCGGGCUACCCGAGCCCCUACCCACCCAUGAGUCAGUGUGACCACACAAUCCGUCUGCAGGAGGGCUACAGAAUAAUCCUGCACUUCCUGGAACCCUUUGACAUAGAGGGACACUCAGAUGUCCCCUGUCCAUAUGAUAUGUUGAAGAUUUCAACAGCUGGACAAGAGUACGGACCCUACUGUGGAUCAGUGCCACCGGGUCGCAUCGACACAGGAAGUUACCAGGUGCAUGUUGCGUUCAGAUCCGACGCCAGUGGGAAAGACAAGGGAUGGAAGAUCAAGUACACCAGUAUCAAGGCUGAAUCCUGAAGGCUCGUUGACAUGAGCGUUGUUUGUGUAGUUAUAAGCUAUCUGGAAAUUUUACACAGUGACUUUUACAUACUAUCAAUUUAACACAACCAUGAUGAAACUUGGACAUGUGUUUUAGCAUGAGGAUUGCAGGAAUAUUAUUGUUAUGAUACCUUGGUAUGACAUUAUCAAACUGGUGCUACAAAAAUACUCUCCUUUGUCUGAUGAGAUGCUAACAUAAUCUCACCAGCACAAUCCUCUUUCAACCACUUUUGUACUUUGCGUUUCAUUCAUUUCGUUAUGUGCAAAUUAAAGCAUAACUCAGAAGACACUGA